UGCUGGAGUCGCACGAAAGCACCAAAGUAGAGCACAAAUCUAGAGAAGAAUAAAAGAGGUGUUGGACUCUCAGAUACAGAUAGAAAACAGAUACACAAAAAGUUUUUCAAAAAAAAAAGAAUAACAACAAAAAAACCUUGGAUUGAGCAAUAAUUCCUCAAUAUCUGAGAUUGAAGGCACAAAUUAUACUGGGCCACUGCUUGUGUUGGGUUGGGUGACCACUGAACAGAGGGCAAAAGGCAAAGAGAGAGCAUGGAGGUGAGUCAGAUGCAGAGACAGUGGUUGGAUUACAUCAAAUCCUUAUUCAUGGAGGGCUUCCUGGAUGGUCAAUUUCUACAACUUCAGCAGCUACAAGAUGAGAACAACCCAGAAUUUGUGUUUGAAGUGGCGUCUCUCUUCUUUGAAGAUUCUGAGAGGCUUCUCAAUGAUCUUACCUUUGCUCUAGAUCAGAAAAGUAUUGACUUCAAAAAAGUUGAUGCUCAUGUUCACCAGUUGAAGGGUAGCAGCUCUAGCAUAGGCGCACAGAGGGUAAAAAAUUCUUGCAUUGCUUUUCGCAACUUCUGUGAGGAACAGAACAUAGACGCGUGCCUUAGAUGUCUGCAACAAGUUAAGCAAGAGUACUGCCAUGUCAAGAAUAAGCUUGAAACAUUGCUCAGGCUUGAGCAACAGAUUGUGGCAUCCGGUGGGUCAGUUCCUAUGAUGGAACUUAGUUUCUAAGGAAGUGGAUUUGUAGAGAAGCUUAUUAGAGUGCUUUUUUUGUGACCCUCUUCUUCUUCGUUGAAGAUUCUCUUUUAUCUUGUUGCUCACGAAUGUACGAUUUUCAUGAAAAGAGAAAUCAGAAAGUUUCCAUCAAGUGUACCUUUUUAAUAAAAAGCAUAAUUUGUGAUC